AUGUUGGAAAUGGUGAGACCAGAUAUGAACCAAGUAAUUACUAAAUUAAAAGCAAUGAUCACAAAUUCAAGUAUAACAACAGAAAAUCUAGUUUUAUCAAAUGAACAACAAUUUAAUAGUGAAUUAGCUGAUCCAUUAUCCCUAAUUGUUGAAAAUCUAAGUGAUUGGAUAACUUAUGGAUUCACCUGGAAGGAUUUAUUCAUUGGAUUAAAUGAUAAAACUUUACAAAGCUUAAUUAUCGAUAUCAUAAUGAAUAAUCCUGAAGCGGAUAAUAAUAAAAUUUUAGAGAAAUUUUUUGUCAGAUCUAAAUGGACAUUUGGACAUUUAGUGAUUAUAAAUACAUUUUCUAAUCUAGAUAUGGAUGUUAAAUCUUGUUUACAAAAACUUGUGAAUUGUCAGGUAGUUAAUUUGCCAAUUUUCACGAUUGAAACUCAGGAUUCAAUUAGGGCAUUUCUGGUUAGGUGUUUUGUCACAGGGUAUUUGGAAAAUCUUGGAACCAUUCAGAUUAACAUAUUUCCACAAUAUUUGAUGUGGAUUUCCAUGUGGAUUUUAGUGGAAAAAUUUUCGGAUAAAACUAUUAACUUACUCUCAUCGUCAGUGGAUAAUAGAUCUUCAAGAACAGUGUCUUCAGCUAUUCGAGUAUGGGAACAUUGGUGUGACUCACAACACGUCGAUCCUGUUACUUGCCCUAUAAAUAAGAUUUGUGAAUUUUUUUCCGACAUGUUGACAUUUGGAAAAUCAUAUAAUACUAUCGCUGGCUAUAGAUCAGCCAUUAGUGAAAUCCACGAACGAAUUGAUAAUUUCUCAAUUGGAACUCACCCAGACAUUUUAAAAGCUAUGCAAGCUAUUCGGAUCGAUAAACCUCCUACUUCAAAGUCAGAUGACGCUAUUGAUAUUAUUCCUUCGUUAGAAUUUAUUGUUUCCUUGGGUGACAAUUCAACCAUGUCUAUUAGAGAACUUACUUGCAAAACAGCCUUUUUAUUGGCUUUGAUUUCAGCGUGUCGUCC